AUGCAAUUACUUGAUGUGCCAAACUCGGCAUCAGUUCGAUACGUGGUUGGAGUCUGCUUAACUUGUUUACUGCUCGCACUUGUCACAUACUCGUUAAUUCAUACAGUCCCAUUCCCGGUCGAUACGAAAGCCAAUGAAAUUAUUCCAAGACAAGAUGAAAGUUCGUUACGGUGGCUCCUCGUGACGUCUGGGGAAGUCGACUUGUCUGCCGAUCGAGAAAUCAUGUAUAUUGAUGACUCAGAUGACGAAAAGAUCGAGAAGAGAGAUGUCGAAAGUAAUCAGCACCAACUUGGAAAGGAAGAGAAGACAUCUCUUCAACCUUGGGCAAGUGAAGACAAAUCAUUGAACGCGGAGAUUCACAGAUUCCUGCGAUAUAUACAAACAGAACAGAAUUCUGCGGCAGAAAAUGCUUUGUAUCUGUCAGAUAACCAGGGUGCUGCCUGUGUGGUGUACAUAUUUUGUUGGUCAGAUUUCGUGAAUGUUUCCAAUCUAUGGAAACACUGCAGUAAUGGCGUUGAACUUCACGUUUUCGAUCCGAGAACGCGACAUCUAACACUACCAGAAGACGAACUGCCGAACGUGUCUAUUGCAUUUCACAAGAAGACAUUGGAUUGGACGACACACGCGCCGCUCAUUGGUCACGUGGCCGGUACGUGGCGAGGUGAAACACUGAAAGGCAUUAUGGGAGAAUUUGGUCACCAACAGAUAGAGGUCGCUGUAGCUGACUUAAAGGGAGCAGAGUGGAAAAUACUUCAGAAUUUACUAGAAGACCGAUUGUUGUUUAAAAUCCGUCAAUUGAUAUUGAGAAUCUGUUUACAUUGGAGGGGAUUUGAAAUCAUCGGAAGUGACGUUGACGUGGUUCGUCUGUGGUACAGCAUUUUGAAAGAUGUGGAAAAUGUCGGCUACGUAAUCACUGGGUCCGUUCAGGAAGAGGGCGCUCUACGCAGCGUACUCGGAAUAAACGACUUUGACACCAGUAGUUGUUACAUACUGCACCUUGAACGUACUUAA